UAGGAAAAUCACGGAGCUGGGACCUUACCACCUCUCUCUCUCACUCUCUCUCUCUCUCUCUCUCUCAGCGGACUCCUUUCUCUGCACACGUCCUUCUCUGAAAUGCGUGUGUGCGUGAAAGAGAGAGGAGGAAUAAAGUGUGUGCGCGCGCGCGAGGGUGCAUGUCCGGAGCAAGUAAAGGCAGCGGGAUUAUUCGGCGCUAUCGAAAUAUUUCAACACGUCGCCCGUCGCUGCAGGACUGAAGCCAAUAAGAAGGAACGCAUUUUAACAGGAACGCCGAUAUUGUAAACGGCGGCAGAGGAGAAAGAAUGCGCUGCAGUCAAUUAAGUGACUCGCCCAAGUUGGUUUAAUUCGACUAAUGUCCGCGAGUCGGCGAGACGCGGAAAGGUGUCCGAUGCGCGUCGACCUCUGAAGAAAAUCGGUCUCGCAGCACUUUCCCAGAAUUAUGGAGAGCAUUUUUACAUUUCUCUCUCCAGACUUUUGAACAUAACGCACCAAGAGACUCGAGAGAUUCCCCGACGAUUCGUGAAAAAAAGCGGUCCCCUUUUUUUCCCUGCAUAGCUGAAGUAGGAGUUUCCGAAGCUUUCCGACUUCAGACACAUUUUCUCAUCUUUUUUUGUCUUCACUGAACUGCUGGUAAACAACAACAACAACAACAAAAAAAAGAACAUCUCGUUUCACAUCAACCCCAGUCGUCUCCAGUUGUUGCCUGCACUUGGAUGAACUUCCUGAUGAGAGAUCCAGUCCUACAGGGAUCGAGUAUGGCAUAUCAUCCGUUUUUACCUCACCGGGGUCCGGAAUUUGCCAUGAGCGCGAUGCUGGGUCACCAGCCUCCUUUCUUCCCGGCUCUGGCUCUCCCCCACAGCGGCUCCCUCUCGCUGCCGGGCGCCCUGGGGAAGCCGAUCAUGGACCAGCUGAUGGGAGCCGCGGAGAGCGGGCUCCACUUCUCCUCGCUGGGGCACCAGGCUGCCGCCGCCCACCUCAGGCCUCUGAAGACUCUGGAGCCCGAGGAGGAGGUGGAAGACGAUCCUAAAGUUCACCUGGAAGCCAAGGAGCUUUGGGAACUCUUCCACAAGAGAGGCACCGAGAUGGUGAUCACCAAAUCCGGAAGGCGGAUGUUCCCCCCGUUCAAAGUGAGGUGCACUGGUCUGGACAAAAAGGCCAAAUAUAUUCUCUUGAUGGAUAUUGUUGCAGCCGACGACUGUAGAUACAAAUUUCAUAACUCCCGCUGGAUGGUGGCGGGGAAAGCCGACCCCGAAAUGCCAAAGAGGAUGUACAUUCACCCGGACAGUCCGGCUACCGGUGAACAGUGGAUGUCAAAAGUCGUCAAUUUUCACAAACUCAAGCUGACAAAUAACAUCUCCGACAAGCAUGGAUUUGUAAGUUCAACUAAUACCAUACUUAACUCGAUGCACAAAUAUCAGCCUCGAUUUCACAUCGUGAGGGCCAACGAUAUUCUCAAACUCCCGUACAGCACCUUCAGGACGUACGUUUUUCCUGAAACGGAUUUCAUUGCUGUGACUGCUUAUCAAAAUGACAAGAUAACCCAGCUGAAAAUUGACCAUAAUCCCUUUGCCAAAGGGUUCCGUGACACGGGCAAUGGAAGACGGGAAAAGAGGAAACAGCUGGCUCUUCAAUCCAUGCGCUCGUAUGAGGAGCAUCAGAAAAAGGAGACCGGGGCUUCAGACGACUCCUCCGGGGAGCAGGCCUCCUUUAAGUGCUUCGGCCAGGCCUCGUCCCCUGCCGUGUCUACCGCGGGGCCCCCACACAUGAAAGAUUUCUGCGACAGCGACGAGGAGAGCGACGAUGAGAGCAAAGACGGUCACAUCAAAGACGGUCCGGACUCGAGCAAGAUUUCCACGACCACCAAGGACGGGAAGGAUCACGAGGCGAGCCCCGCCAAGGGCCACCCCCUCGGCAGCACUGACUCCAGCAGCAGGACCCGCGAAGGUGGUCCGAGGACUGAGAAAAGCCAGGCCGACUCACGACAGAGCCCCGUCACCGUCAUCUCCAGCACCACUCGCUCCGGAGAAGACCUCAAGAGCCCCGGCCUGGAGCAUCCCAAAACGGACGAGUGCAGGUCGAUAAGCAAAGACAGUUUCAUGCCUUUGACAGUUCAGACUGACAGCCCGCACAUAGGCCACGGACACAUGCCUAAUUUUGGAUUUCCAUCGGGCCUCACGGGACAACAGUUUUUCAAUCACAUUGGGAGUGCGCAUCCGUUCCUCUUGCACCCGAGUCAGUUCAACAUGGGAGGUGCGUUCUCAAACAUGGCCGCGGGCAUGGGGCCACUGUUGGCAGCCGUGUCCACGGGAGGGGUGAGCACCAUGGACACCACGAGCAUGGCAUCGCCUUCGCAAAGCUUUACGGGAGCGCCGGGCCUGCCGUUUCAUCUGCAGCAACAUGUCUUGGCAUCACAGGGCCUCGCCAUGUCUCCGUUCGGAAGCCUGUUCCCUUACCCGUACACGUACAUGGCCGCCGCGGCGGCAGCCUCCUCCGCCGCCGCCGCCGCCUCCUCCGCGGCGCACCGGCACCCUUUCCUGAACGCAGUGCGUCCCCGACUCAGGUACAGCCCUUACUCCCUCCCCAUGACGGUGCCGGACAGCACCUUGCUCACCACCGCGAUGCCCAACGUGGGCGGCAGCGGGACCGAGCCGAAGGGAGGAGACGGCGUCGUGCCGGCCAGCCCGGCGUCCGGGGUCACCUUGGAUUCCACGUCGGAGGUGACCGGCCACUCGGUCGCCAUGUCGCCAAAGACUUGCCCGGAGAAAGACGCGGCGAACGAGCUGCAGAGCAUCCAGCGGCUGGUCAGCGGGCUCGACUCGAGUCAGGACAGGGCACGCAGCGGGUCCCCCUAAAGGAGGAGGAAGAGGAGGAGAACCCAUUUUCCUCUUUUUUUUUAAACACACCACCUGCUUCUCGUCUCAUUGUUGUCAUGAAAAGUGGAGAGAAAAAAUGCUGUCGGUGAUGGAGACGGACACAGUUGGAGGACACCCUCGUAGAUCCAUGCAGGUUUUUAAAAAGAAAAGAAAAAACAAACAAACACGAACUGUUGGUCGUUUUAGUUUCUGAAAUGCACUUUGGUUAACACGCAUCUGAUAUGUAUAUUUUUUCUUAUUAUUUGUUUGUUAAUUUAAACAACACUUUUAUCCUGUCAUUUGAAUACCGUACAAGUAUUGAAACUGAAACGUUGGCAUGGGUGUGACUUGCAGAUUUGGGAGAAGUUGCUGCUGGGUCCCGUCUCUUAACUUUAUUUUACACGAGGAGAAAUGUGUUUUAAUAUGCACUCUGAAUUGAUUACUUAUUUGAAUUCACUACCGUUUAACCUACCUUAUAAAGACUGCUGUAUUUUGUUGUACACUAUUAACUGAUCGAUUGGCCAAAUGUUGCAUGCCCCCAAAAUCCCCAAAUGAAUGUUAUUUUAACACUAAAAAUGGAAAGAAAAGUAUGAAAAAUAUUCAGUUAUGGAUAUAAUUAACACACUCCCUUUGCUUAUUUUUUUGUCUUAAUUAGGUUAUCAAUUGUAACACAAUUUAUUUUUCUUCAUGCCUUUUUAAAAUCAGAACUUAGCCUUUGACAUGACUGGUGCUCCGGGAUAAGCUAUGGCCCAAGCAUGCGGAACUCAGCCCAAAUGUCCAACAGGCAAAGGGAAGCAGAAAUUUAAAUAUGAAAACAAUAAAAGGUAGUAUUGAUUAAAAAGGUGUACAUAGGGAUAUAUAAAAUAUUUAUGUAAUUAUUUCAUAUUGUUAUUGCGUGUAAAUACAACGGAGUAGUUUGUUUCUAGGACCCUGUUCUUAAUUUAUUGUCGAUAUACCUGUGUAAAGAUUUGUGGGCUAUUAUCCCUUUGUUGCCAUCUUCAUUUAUACCCAUCUUAAAAUAUGGACUUUACUCCUCCCCAAAUAUCCAUUGAGGUAGUUAUUCACACUAAUGUGCCAUUGUAUUUUCAUUUGUUGUCCCAUGUGUGUGAAGUGCUACUGUUUAAAAACGGAUGGAAACGCGACAACGCACUGCACCAAUGGCUUGAGAAAAAACACACCUUUUUCUUUUCUUGAGAAGAGCAAAAGAAGCGUCGUUGAAGUGUGAUAAAAGUGGACUAUUUCUUUUUCCUGUCAUUAAAAAAUACUUUGCGAACCUGAUCGUACAAGUGCCGCAUAAUCGAAAAUAUGAAGGUCUUUAUUUGUGUUUCUCAAUGGGUUAUGUUGUAUUAGAGUUAUGUCUGGUUGACAACAUCGACAUCGUGUUCUUGAAAGUUUCAAUAAAAUAUUGAAAUGCC